CUUUCUCUCCGCAUAUUUUUUUUUCUUUGAAUAAAAACACGUAAAUCUUUUUUUUUUUUAAAAAAAAAUAACAUUCCUGUCAAUAAAUAGUAUGAAUCAAUUUCUCAACAACACCACCUCCGACGUACCUGAGAAUCCACAGCAGCAUCAUCCACAGCAGCCUGAACAGUUUCAGCAAUUCCAGCAACAACAACAACAGUACCAACAGCAACAAGAGGAUGAAGUCGAAGAGGAGGAGGAGGAGGAGGAAGAGCUCAUUUCACCUGAUCACCCUGGUGAGUGGACUACUGCUAUUGAAAGUAUCUUGCUGCAGUGCAUUUUGGAUGAGAGAUUUUACCAAAAGCACUCCCAACUUGACAAUGAUGGUAAAACAAGAUUAUGGGUGGAUCUUCAUGCAAAAUUCAUCCUCGUACCUGAAGUUGUUCAGUAUGCAACUACACAUACACGCUUCCAAUCAAAAUAUCAACAAGUCAAAUACGCUCAGGAUAAAUUUCAGGCGAUAAAAAGAGUCUUCGGAGAGAUUUUAGUGGAUAUCAGACGUACUGGUUCUGGCGGAGUUCCUCCUGAAUCAAGAUAUGAACAUUACAUAAUCAUGAAGGAUAUUACAGCCCGUGAUCCAUUCUUUUGGCCAGCUUAUACCAUCGAAACAUCAACCAUUCAGGAUGGUGUUGCAGGAACUACCAUUACUACCAUUCUCCAAGAAGAUGGAGAGACAUACACGAAAACGAUGUCCUCUACUCCAGCAUUUUUAAGAGAACAUUUGGACGAACUUGUUGCAUGUAUCAUGAAUGAAGAUGUUGCUUCGGCUUAUAGUCCUCCCCACCAAACAUUAACACCCACUGCAUCACCAUCACCAACAUUAGCAUCAGCAAGAGCAACACCGGCAGUCACAUCAGUGCCAGCUCAAACACCAGCAUCGGCAUCAACACGACCUACUUACUCUGCUGUAAGGACUCAUGGUUUAAGUUUACAGGAAGCGUAUCUUCAAAACGCUGAAAGAUAUACACAAUGCAUGAAGACAACUAUGAGAACAAUGACGGAGCAAUUUAGCUCAAUCAAUGAAACUUAUCAAAGAUCAGUGUUGCAAGCAGCGGAACACCGUCGACUGGAUAGGUUAAGUAGAGAAGCCGAGUCAGAAAGAAGGGAAAGACUUGCAACAUUAAACCGAGAAUCAAACGAAAGAAUCGCAACAUUAGACAGGAGCACAAGAUUAGAUAUGAUGCGAGAUUUAAUGAAUCUCUUUCGUAAUCGUCAACCAGCAGCACUCGCACCAGAACCUACAACACCAAGUAUCAACCCUGACGAAGGUAUCUAAGCUUUGGUUUAGCAUCUUUUCGAUUUUAUCGUCAUUUUUUUCUACAUUUUGAUCCAUAUUUUAUCACUCCCCUUUCCAUUUCCUGUCAUAUAUCAUAACCAAAUAAGCCAAAGUAUUUUGCAAAAAAAAAAAAAAAAACAAUUUAAACGUCUUGAUGUUCUUAUUAGGCUUAAAAUCUUGAACAAACUUGAUCUCUUUACUCUUUUUUGGUUCUUUCCAAUUUUUCCUUCUGAUGGAGUAUUUUUAAAGCGGUGAAAAUGGGGUCUUUUGGGUCCAAGUGAAUUAUAUCCAUAGCCUCAAACUGCUCUAUUUGUUCCGUUUAUUCAAUUUACAUCGAUUUGUUGUUUGAACUCAGACAGCAUUUCAAACAAAACGUAAGUUUGUCGGGUCUCUUAGGGACAGCCAAAUUUUCUUAGGGACAGCCAGGGUGCGCGUAGU